CGACCUUUUUCUUCCCAUUUUUAAAGGAUGCCUGCCUGUCUGUGUCUGUCUGUCUGUCCACCUGCCUUGCCGUGCCGUGCCUUGCCGCCGCCGUGUUGCAUGGUGGAAUUCAGAUCUCUCUUCUUCUCCGGUCAUUCUUUCGUUGAUAAGCAGCAGGACUGAUUGGAUUGAGUAAACUGCUAUGUCGGUGCCGCGGCCACCCUCGGCCGCCUGGGACUGCAUGUUACCGGGCCCGCCUUCCAAGAACAACGGCGGAUCCGCCGAGCUCUCUUCAGCUGGUCUUCUCGCCUACGGUGCUGGCAGCUCCGUCGCCGUCAUCGAUACCCACUCCAUGCAACUCGUUUCCACAAUCCCUCUGCCUCCUCCCCCUUCCGCCGCAGCCUCGCCUUUCAUCACCGCCGUGCGCUGGUCUCCACUGCCUCUUCCGCACCACCUUCUCGACACCGACAACUCAUCCCCGCACCUCAUGCUCUCCGUCGGUGAUCGCCACGGCCGCCUUUCCUUGCUUGAUUUCCGCUCCAAAUCCCCAAUUCUCUUCUUCGAGACCAAUUACCCAAAUUCGGCCAAAUUAGGUAUCCAGGAUCUCUGCUGGAUCAGGACCCGAUCUGACUCCUGGUCACUCGCUGCCGUUUCAGGGCCCUCCUUGCUCUCCAUUUACAACACUACCACUGGCCGCUGCUUCUUCAAGUAUGACUCUUCGCCGGAGUACCUAUCGUGCCUCCGCCGAGAUCCCUUCGAUUUCCGCCAUUUUUGUGCCCUAGGACUCAAAGGAUUCCUGCUGUCGUUGAAGCUAUUGGGGGAUGACUCUGAAAACGAUGUUGCGUUGAAGGAAUAUCAGAUUCGUACUGAAGCUGCUGAGUUGAACAGAUUGGAGAGGGAUUCUUCUGGUGGUAACAAUGGAGCACCAGCCUCUGCGGCUUUCCCAAAUUAUGUGGUGAAGUUUGCUUUCUCACCACACUGGAAGCAUGUUCUAUUAGUGGCGUUUCCGAGAGAGCUGGUGCUGUUUGACUUGCAGUAUGAAUCAGUGUUAUAUUCUUCAGGGUUGCCGAGGGGCUGCAGUAAGUUUGUAGAUAUAUUGGCUGACGUCAAUAUGGAGGUUUAUUAUUGCGCUCAUAUGGAUGGGAAGCUCAGUACUUGGAGCCGGAAACCGGGAGGACAGGAGUAUGCUAUGUGUUCAACGGAUGAAUUAAUGCCCUCAAUUGGCACAACUAUUCCUUCUCCAUUAGUUCUUGCUGUCACUAUCUCCCAAUCAGAUUACACACUUCAAGGGAUUCGCAUGCGUUGUCCUGAUGUGGAUUCAUAUGAAACUGGUUUCGAUAAUCCUUAUGAUUCUUUUGACAAGUCCCAUAUCAUUUCAAAAACACAUUUAAUGUCCAUUUUGGAUGAUGGAAAAGUGUGGAAAUGGAUUUUGACUGCUGAAGGGCCUGGCAAUGCUCAGAAUGAUAAUAAAGAUAAUGUGAGGAAGCUUUCUGAAAUCCAUCAACUUUCAAUCUCUGAAAACAAAUCCUCUCCAGAACAAUUAUUUGCUGACAAACUUGAAAUGAGUGGAGUCACACUUCAAGAUGCAAAAGGCAGAGGGAGUAGUCAAUCAGGUCCCAUUUCUGCUGCAAAUGAUCUUUCCUUUAAGAUAAAUCUGGUGGGACAACUUCAGCUCCUGUCAUCAGCUGUGACUAUAUUGGCUGUUCCAUCCCCUUCAUUGACUGCUACUUCAGCGCGUGGUGGGAACACUCCUGCUGUAGCCGUUCCUCUAGUUGCUUUAGGAUCACAAAGUGGCACAAUAGAUAUUAUUGACAUCUCUGCCAAUGCCGUUGCUGCAAGUUAUUCUGUUCACAGCAACGUUGUCAGGGGAUUACGAUGGCUAGGAAAUUCUCGAGUUGUGUCAUUUUCUUAUUCUCAGGGAACUGAGAAAGAAGGAGGAUAUGUUAAUAGGCUUGUUGUAACCUGCCUACGAAGUGGCCUGAAUCGAACAUUUCGAGUGCUUCAAAAACCAGAGCGAGCACCAAUAAGAGCAUUACGAGCUUCUUCUUCUGGAAGAUAUCUUUUGAUAUUGUUCCGGGAUGCACCUGUAGAGGUGUGGGCAAUGACAAAGACCCCAAUCAUGCUGAGGUCAUUAGCUCUUCCUUUUACUGUUCUUGAAUGGACACUCCCUACAGUUCCGCGACCAGCACAAAAUAAACCUUCUAGGACCUCGUCAUUUUUGUCCAAAGAUUCUGCCAGUCCCUCAACAGAGGCUGCUUCCCCUACUGCAGCAUCUUCGACAGAUGGCAAAGAGGGAUCAGAUGGAUCCAAUGAAGAGUUUUCAGAAAGCUUUGCAUUUGCCCUGGUUAAUGGCGCCCUUGGAGUUUUUGAGGUGCAAGGAAGAAGAAUCCGGGACUUUAGACCAAAGUGGCCAUCAUCUUCUUUUGUUUCCUCUGAUGGGCUGAUUACAGCCAUGGCUUAUCGCUUACCCCACGUAGUCAUGGGAGACAGGUCAGGGAAUAUACGUUGGUGGGAUGUGACUACUGGUCAAUCAUCCUCCUUCACCACUCACAGGGAUGGUAUUCGGAGAAUAAAGUUCUCUCCUGUUGUUCCUGGUGACCGUAGCCGUGGCCGUAUUGCAGUUUUAUUUUAUGACAACACAUUUUCUGUGUUUGAUCUUGAUUCACCUGACCCGCUGGCUAAUUCUCUUUUACAACCACACUUUCCCGGAACUCUCGUACUUGAGCUUGACUGGUUGCCAGUGCGGACAAAUAAGGAUGAUCCAAUGGUGCUGUGCAUUGCUGGAGCUGAUAGUAGUUUCCGUCUUGUUGAGCUUAAUGCAGGUGAGCAGAAACUGGGUGGUUUUGUUCCUGCAAUUCGACCUGCUAAAGAGAGAUUUCGGCCUGUACCAUUGCCUUCUCCUAUACUACUCCCCACACCUCAUGCCCUGGCACUGCGGAUGGUUUUACAAUUGGGUGUGAAGCCAUCAUGGUUUGAUCCAUUCAAUACGUCCAUGAAUGAGUCAUAUAUUCCAGGAACCCCAUCAGCUGGAGACCUGCGUGGUUAUAUGCUAAACUCACCUCGUGCUGGGGAUUCUGCUGUUCCAGAAAUGCUUCUUAAAGUGUUAGAGCCUUACCAUAAACAUGGCUGCAUCCUUGAUGAUGAGAGACUGAGGCUAUAUGCUAAAGUUGUCCAGUGCUCAACACUGAGGUUGGCAUUUGCAGCUGCAAUCUUUGGUGAAUCCUUGGAAGCACUUUUUUGGCUGCAAUUGCCACAUGCUCUCAGCUACAUGAUGAAUAAAUUGGUUAAAAAAUCUCCACAAAAGGCCUCUCAUACAGUUCCAACUCCUGAAAUCGAUGAAGCAUCUAUGCUUAACAGGAUAUCUUCAAAAGGAAAAUCAGCACCAGGACCAGAGAAAAAGAAUGUAGAUGGUCAGCUUAGAUUCAUGGCCUUUGAGCAACAAGAGCUGUGGGAGCAUGCUAAUGAACGGAUGCUAUGGCAUGAGAAAUUAGAUGGUGAAGAGGCAAUUCAAAACCGCGUACAUGAACUUGUGUCUGUAGGAAAUUUGGAAGCUGCUGUUAGUUUGUUGCUUUCAACAUCACCGGAAAGCUCUUAUUUCUAUUCAAAUUCCCUGCGGGCGAUUGCUCUUUCCUCUGCCGUGUCAACUUCUUUACUUGAGCUUGCUGUGAAGGUGGUUGCAGCCAACAUGGUGAGGAAUGAUAGGUCAAUGUCUGGUACACACUUGCUUUGUGCAGUAGGCAGGUAUCAGGAAGCUUGUUCUCAGUUGCAAGAUGCAGGAUGUUGGACUGAUGCUGCAACAUUAGCAGCAACUCAUUUGAAAGGGUCUGAUUAUGCAAGGGUGUUACAAAGAUGGGCAGACCAUAUUCUUCAUGCCGAACAUAACAUCUGGAGGGCACUGAUCCUGUAUGUUGCGGCCGGUUCAUUGCAAGAGGCUCUGGCGGCACUUCGUCAGGCACAACUUCCGGACACUGCAUCCAUGUUCAUACUUGUAUGCCGAGAACUUCAUGCUGAGUUUCUCUCACACUUGGAGUCUGAAUCUGACGAAGAAACAGCUUCUUUAAAAAGUAAGAUACUAAACCUGCCCGGGCUGAAUCCUCAAAGCGAAGAUGUUAUAGCAGUUGACGAAUACUUUGGACAGUAUCAAAGGAAGCUAGUCCAUCUAUGCAUGGACUCUCAGCCUUACACAGACUAAGGACACCUGAUGCUCGGUGUUUAAUAUCAGGGUCUCCAUAAUUAAAUGGGUGGUUGGUUAUACAGACAUUUUGGAGAUGACAGGACCAGGAAUUUGUAACCACAGGUGUAUAGAAGAUCAAUCCACAACAUUUCCGUUUUUGUACCAUUGGAUGUAAGAAGAAAUUUUCGACAAGGUUGUGGGGAGAUGUAAGAUGUUGAUCCCUCCUCUACAAAUGGUAUUUAUAAUUUUACUAUAUUCCAGUGUUGGUGCAGUAGAUCAGAAUGAAUGAUUGGUGGCCGAAGAAGGCACAACUUUAUAUAAGUAGUUGAGUUUCGCCAUCGUUGCAUUGCUGAAAGACAUGUUUUAAAUAUUUUGAAGAUGCCUUUAGAACCAUGGGGCGGGAUGGGGUGUAUGUAUUUCUGUUAUAUCUACUUAUUAUUUUAUGAAGCUUUUUGUGAUGAUCCCUGAAUCUUAUUAUUGCCCAUGUCUAUGUUUAUUUAUUUAUUUAUUAUUAUUAUUA